AUGGGUGGAAUCACGUACCUUCCCAACGGGAAUGAAUACGGUCUGCCAGAGGAGGCGAGGCGGGAAUACCUGCGAGAGGGGGAAAAGGCGCUGGAGGCGUUCCGGUCGCAUCUGAACUCCAUGGACUCGUGGACGCUGGAGGCGGAAUACCCCGAGGACGAGAUCGCCGUCCGGUCCCAGUUCCAGCCGCAUCUCGGCAUCUACUUCAUCUACACUGAGGUGGGUGGACGAUUGCGGAAUCGAGGUGAUUUUCCUCCUCGUCUGGAGAUCCGUGCGCUGCUCAACUACAACUUCGAAUGGGCAUUUUGGAACACCUUGCCACCCCCAGGGCAGAAUCUCGAGUGGUACAAGGACAUCAGCCAGAACGAAUUCAUUCAGGGUGCCGAGAGCGAUGUUACAAAUGUAUCCAGAUGGACAGGAUACCAGGAUCAAAAACAGAGAAUGGUUGGGACUCGAACCCGUGACACAAGCGCCUAG